AAAACACACAGAUACACGACGAACUUGUCCGUGCAUACACCGUCCUUGGCCUGGAUAAACCACCUAACUUCCGCUGAGGUCUUGGUCAGCCAGAAGGGUGGGCGUGCAAGGGAGCAGUUUAGUCCGUCUUACUUGCGUGCACACAUGCACAGAGAGGAAAAGGUGUCAGAGAAGUGAGAGAGGUAGAGAACUGGUGGAAACAUUUAAUCACAGCAAUGGAGCCACACAUUACUUUCAAACACAGAAGAACAACUCUGGAGCGAGCUGAGAAGUUCAUAUCGCUUCAUCAUUUUGCUGAUAUAAACCUACAGAGCAGGCUGUAUCCAGAGAGGAUACCAGUCACCAGUGUAUCCCACUUUGCAGCCCCAGGAAGAAUAACAUAUGCUGAAGCCAUCCAAGGGAAAUUCAAACCAGUGAGUGGAGAUUCCUUUGGCCCAUCGUGGGCUACUCACUGGUUUUGCUUAAACAUAACUGUGCCUGACAACUGGGUACAUAAGGAAGUGAGACUCAUCUGGGAUUCAAGGAGUGAGGCCAUGGUCUGGAUUGAUGGACAGCCCAAACAGGGAUUAAGUGCAGAAAAAGACCGAUUUGAUUACAUUUUGUCAUACAAACAUGAAAAGAACAGUUUAAGCUAUCAAGUUUACAUUGAAAUGGCCUGCAAUGGACUGUUUGGUGUGGGGAAAAAUGGUAUGAUAGCACCAAGUGACCCCAGCAAAAACUUUACACUACAAAGAGUUGAGAUAGCAAUAUUUGACAGAGAUGUGUAUACCUUAAUACUUGACUUGGAAAUACUACAUGGGAUGAGCAAAGAACUUCCAGAGGCGGAGAGGGGUUUUCAAGCUUUGUAUGCAGCAAAUGACUUUGUCAAUACCUGUGAUCCGAAAAAUAGAGAAACUUAUCACAGAGCCAGUGACAUUGCAAAGAAAUUCUUCAAGCAAAGAAAUGGAGAAAGUCAGCACACCAUUUAUGCAAUGGGCCAUUCCCAUAUUGAUACAGCAUGGCUAUGGCCAUAUGCAGAAACUAUUCGUAAAUGUGCACGAAGCUGGAGCUGCACAUUAAGAUUGAUGGAGCAGUAUCCCAAUUUUACCUUCACAUGCUCUCAGGCACAGCAGUAUGCUUGGGUAAAAGAGUAUUAUCCAAGCAUAUACCAGGACAUCUGCAAGUUUGUAAAUGCAGGACAAUUUGUACCAGUGGGAGGCACUUGGGUUGAAAUGGAUGGCUAUGUGCCCAGUGGUGAAGCAUUUGUUCGGCAGUUUCUGUAUGGACAGCGUUUUUUUCAACAAGAGUUUGGAAUUAAAUGCACAGAGUUCUGGCUUCCUGACACCUUUGGAUAUUCUGGCCAGCUGCCCCAGAUCAUGAGACAAUGUGGCAUCACUCGCUUUCUCACCCAAAAACUGAGUUGGAACCUCAUUAAUAAAUUCCCGCAUCACACAUUUUGGUGGGAAGGGAUUGAUGGCUCUACAGUCCUGACUCACUUCCCACCUGGAGACUCAUACUGUAUGGAAUGUCAGGUUAAAGAGCACCAUACAUUUUGGUGGGAAGGAAUUGAUGGAUCUAAAGUCCUAAGUCAUUUUCCACCUGGUGACUCGUACCAUAUGGAGGGCCAGGUGAAGGAGAUAUUGUACACUGUGAACAACUUCAGAGACAAAGGCCGGUCUUCACGUAGUAUUUUUCUCUUCGGCUAUGGAGAUGGUGGAAAUGGCCCUGAUGAACAUAUGCUGGGUCGUUUGAAGCGCAUGGAAGACAUUGAUGGUCUUCCGAAAGUGAAGAUGAGCACACCCAAUGAGUUUUUCUCGGCUGUGGAGCAGGAAGACAGGGCUAGAUUGUGUACCUGGAGAGGUGAGCUUUAUUUGGAAUUGCACAAUGGAACCUACACAACCCACGCCCAGGUAAAAAGAAGAAAUCGUUGCUGUGAAUUUCUUCUUCAGGAGUUAGAACAGCUGUGGACAGUGGCUGUGGCUUUUAGAGGUAGUACUACUGCUGAAAGUCAGGAAUUAGAAGGAAACUGCACGUACCCAGACUGCAUAUACCCAGGCAAAGCUAUGGAGAGGCUGUGGAAGCUGGUGCUGCUGAAUCAGUUUCAUGAUGUGCUCCCAGGUUCCUCGAUCACCAUUGUAUAUGAUGAUGCUCACCAGUACUACAAAGAGAUAGAGAAUGAAGGUUCAGAACUCCUAAAAAAAGUUUUGUCUCUGCUGGGCACGUAUUUGAAUCAGGAAAGGAAGGUAGACGGUUCACCUUUGGUGGUGAACACACUAAGCUGGCAGAGGACAGCAGUUGUGGAAGUACCUCAAGAUAGAAGUAUUGAAUCAGCCCCACAGCAACACAUUCCCUCUCUGACUCAGAUUGACAAGAAGGCUAAUACACUUGCACUGAUUCAAGUGCCAAGUUGUAGUGUUGGUGGACUAAACAAUUAUUUGAUAGACAUUGAUAGCAAAAACUACGCUAGUGCUGUUGUUCAGGGAGACUUAAUUGUACUGCAUAAUUCUCACCUGCGUGCUGUGAUUGAUGCCUCUGGGCGUUUGGUUUCACUGCAACUUGCUGAAUCAUCCAUAGAAUAUUUAAAGAAAGGUUGCUGUGGCAACCAGUUCAUUCUUUAUGAUGAUGUGCCACUGUACUGGGAUGCUUGGGAUGUUAUGGAUUACAACCUGGAGACAAGGAGACCUUUAGAUGAUGUUAUCCGGAAAGCAGAAAUUACAGAGAAUGGACCACUGAGAGUUAGUGUGGAGGUGAGUUAUCAGAUCAGCAGCAAGAGUGUUAUCAUGCAGACCAUUCAGCUAGAUGCCAACUGUUCUUACAUCAGGUUUCAUACCAAGGUUGACUGGCAUGAGAAUCGUAAAUUCCUCAAAGUGGAGUUCCCGUCAUCAGUGCAUACAAUGGAGGCAACCUAUGAGGUCCAGUUUGGGGCUUUGCAGCGACCCAACCACUAUAAUACAUCUUGGGAUUCUGCCAAAUUUGAGGUGUGUGGUCAGAAAUGGGCAGACCUCUCUCAGUAUGGCAUGGGUCUGAGUGUGAUGACAGAUUCCAAAUAUGGCUACUCUGCUUUUGGGGGAGUUCUUCGCAUUUCUUUGCUGCGGUCACCAAAAGCACCUGAUGAUACAGCAGACAUGGGAAGUCAUGAGUUCUGCUAUGCUGUCAUGCCCCAUAAAGGCUCUUGGCAAGAAGCUGGUGUGGUGCAAGCUGCAUUUGAACUCAACCGUCCAUUGCACAUUUCUGAUUCUGUUCAGGUCACUUCUAGUCUUCCAAGGAGGUUCUUCUGGUUGGAUUCACAAGAAGUUUUAUUAGAUACCAUCAAAAUGAGUGAGGACGACUCUGCCAAGGUGCUGGUCUUGAGGCUGUACGAAGCUUAUGGAGGUCAGGUGCAGACAACUCUCAGGACUUCUUUGCCUGUGCACUCUAUUUGCAGAUGCAAUUGUUUGGAAGAGAAACUGGAAGGAGGCGAUGUUCCUGUCAUUUACAAGGACGGUGUAGUCAGCAUUCCCAUCCAGCUCACUGCCUUCCAAGUUGUAUCUUAUCUACUGACGAUUUAACUGGUCGGUCGGAUCUGCCGGAGGAAUUGUGAAAGAGGGGUCAGAGAAAGAGAACUAGCCAGACUGUGUUUAUCGCCCUUGAAAAGUCACGAGUUGAGUCCCAUGCUGGGGACAUGGUUGUAAGAGAGAACGCAACUACUUCAUAAUUUAGCCGCAUCUUAGUUUCCUUCGUGCGGUGAAUCCGUUACCAGUACAUGUAGUGCUGGUGCGCGAUCUCUGGCACUUCGUAGACACGGCAGCGCGCCCAGUCCAUCUUGCCUGCAAUAUGUUGGGAAGGCGCCGCGCUGUCCAUCAAUGUCAACCAACAGAUCAUCAUUAAUUUUAUUAUUAUUAUUGGCUGUCCAAUUAUUUCGACUUGUGUGCCAUGUGAUUUCAGUUAUCCUUGGGCAAUAGAGAGGUUACUUGACAACCACCCAUUUUGUUGUGUUAUCGACUAUUUGAUUCUGUUUACAGCCUUUUAGUUAUGCUUUGACUGUUUAUUUGUCGUUCUAGUUAAAAUUAAAAGGACGUGAAUUGGAAUUAAGGAAGAUUUUCUUUUAGACAGUCAUUUAAAGAAUGUUUUAUUUAUAUUUUGCGUGCUUUAGCCGUUCUGUUUAUAAAAUAGAAUGUUUCUGGUUUAGUUAGUGAUUUUGAUGGGUUGUAAAUUAAUGUCAGCCGUUAGUUUGAUGGAUUCGCCAAUGAAUGUACAGUCAGACUCCUGAAAGCCAUUGUAAGAUGCAGAACUGACAUUGCCAAUAAAUGACCUACUUAUUACAAAACUGCAUAACACACAUAACAGACAUUUUACAUUCUGAAUAAUUGUUGCGAUCUGUAAACUGCCCAAUAGAGGACAAUCCCAAGGCAAUAAAAGCCAGUGUCAGUGUGGUGUGUAAGAAUGUUUUGCAUUGUCGAGACCCUCGAUCUUCUGUGGAAACGUUUAAUGUUGCUUUCGAUUUCGUGGAUGUAAAAUUGCACUCUGAUCUGUAAAACGAAUUAAGUUUAGCAGUAAAAUGGAAUUAAUAACUUUAAUAGCAAAAUUAUACUCGUGUUUCAAUAAAGUUUGUUGGGUCCAUUA